UGACAAUUGAGUGGACCCAGUGAGAAGCCAAUAACGCUUUGGUUCCCCACGAUGUCGUGAAGUACCUGGGUGACGGUGGAAUGGAUAUUUUAUGCCUCGAGAGUCUCAUUUGUGCCGCAUUCAGACCCUCCGCCAGAAUCCAGGAACGAGUUGCAUCUGAAGUAAUACUUAACUAUCAGCAAACUACUUGCCAUGGCGCCUCCAUCAAGGGCAAUAUCUUGCUCGGAGAUGUUGUCACACAGAACAGCGAAUGACUGCUGGUUAGUCGUAAACGGAGAGGUCUUCGACUUGACCGAUUUCGCCCCCAAACAUCCAGGGGGUGCCGAAAGUAAAAUCCAAUCACCAGCGUGGAUUUCAAACUAUACUGAUCAUCAUAGUCAUUUACAGAUAUGCAGGGCAUGAUGCAACGAAGGAGUAUUCCGCUGUCCACACUCCUGAUACAAUCAAGAAAGAGCUUUCACCCUCCAAAAUAAUCGGAAUCCUUGACCAGGCUACCGUCACUCUUGAGUGGCUUAAGUUUCCUCCAGAGUCAGCUCAGAAGUCAUCUACUACAUCUGACAAGACACCGCUGGAGGAUAUUAUCAAUCUCAACGAUUUCGAAGAGGCCGCAGCUUCGGCUCUCUCCAAGAAGUCCAUGGCGUUCAUUUCGGGCGCAUCAAACGAUAACUUGACACGAGAUGCUAACAAGAACUGGUGGCAACGAAUUUGGUUCCGACCUCAAGUACUGCAGGACGUGGGGAAAGUCAACACGAAAUCUCAGAUCCUAGGAUGUGAUGCUGAGCUGCCGAUAUUCAUCUCACCAGCAGGUCUGGCCAAGACCGCUGGACCGGAUGGCGAACUGGCGCUGGCUGCUGGUGCUUCAAGUACAGGGAUUAUUCAAUGCGUGUCAACGACCGCUUCAUAUCCCUUAGACGAGAUCAUGGGUGCUGCACCCACUGGCUACCCGUUCUUCUUCCAGCUCUAUAUCAACAAAGACCGCGCCAAAACCGAAGCGCUGAUCAAAUAUGUUACCAAAUUAGGCGUGAAAGCAAUCCUAAUCACCAUCGACCUGCCAGUGGUCUCUAAGCGUGAAGCGGACGAGAGAGCCAAGUCAGAAUCGUCGUACACAAGUAGGUUGAGUGGUACCACAGCAUCAGGCGCCGUGAAGAGCUCAGGAAUCGCUCGUAACGUAGGAAGUUUUAUCGAUCCGACAUUCUGCUGGGAUGAUAUUGCUUGGGUACGGAAGCACACCGAUCUCCCCGUUUUGCUGAAAGGCAUUCAGAGGGCGAAAGAUGCGAGGAAUGCUUUGAACAUUGGGUGUCAAGGAUUAGUUUUGAGUAACCAUGGAGGACGAGCUCUCGAUUCUGCACCGCCGUCUGUUUUGACGCUUUUGGAGCUGCAUAUGGAGUGCCCGCAAGUUUUCGAGAAGAUGGAGAUCUUGAUUGAUGGAGGGAUAAGAAGAGGUUCGGAUGUGCUCAAAGCCGUUUGUUUGGGAGCCACAGCUGUCGGAUUGGGAAGACCAUUCAUGUAUGCUUUGAGCUAUGGGAAGGAAGGAGUUGAACAUGCAGUAAAUAUCAUCAAAGAUGAGCUGCAGACAGCGAUGCGCCUUUGUGGGAUUUCAGAUCUGUCGCAAGCCAGUCCAGAUAUGCUGAACACCACAGAGGCGGAUGUUUAUCUAAAGAAAGGAAGCGAUACAAGGCAUCCUUAUGCACGUAAAACUCCCAGGAAGUCAAAGUUAUAGAUAUAGCCUCAAAGAAUUGCUUGAAAGUGAUGGGGGGCAAUAUGCUCGGAGUUGCAACGAAAAGACAGAAUGUGCCUAUUUUUACCAGACAUUAAAGGACAGUAGAUAUCCAGUUAAUUGUCACAUAAAGUCUCCAACAAGGGGUACUAUAACCAAUCA